UACAUCAGCUGACCGGCGGCGGCAGGCGGCAGGUGUGGUGGUGUGGAGGGAGGACCGCGCUGACAUUUCCACUCCCCAGUCCCAGUCCUCCCCCGUCCCCCAUUGAGUUUAUCUUCGUCCACCACUGCUCUCCAGUCCACGAGCAUCCCAACCAUUGAAGCUUAAGACCCACGAGCAUCCUUGGGCGCAACCUGGAGCCAGUGGUCAGAUCCCCUGCGUGGUUGUCUUCCUUCAUUUCUUGGUGGCUCGGGUUUCUUCACGUCUCAUGACCUCCAGACCCGGCGACAUGGGCCGGAGCAUGGGGUGGGCAUUUGCUCGGCUCACCUUCCUCCCAACGCUGGCCUUCAAUGUGGCCAUGCGAAGGGUGUCGGCAAGGCAGUGGUACAACCGAGUGGAUGACCGCUUGAUCCUGGGUGCGCUGCCCUUCCGAGGCAUGACCAAAGAGUUGGUGGAAGUGGAAGGAGUGAAAGGUGUGGUGUCCAUGAAUGAGGACUACGAACUGAUGUGGCUAGCCAAUGCCAAGAAGGAGUGGGAGAGUGUUGGAGUCAAGUUCCUACAGCUGAGCACAACAGACAUUUUUGAAGCACCAAGCCAGGAGAAACUGCAGCGUGGGGUGGAGUUCAUCCAGGAGAUGGAGAGCAGCAAUGAGAGUGGUUCAGUGUAUGUGCACUGCAAGGCUGGACGUACCAGAAGUGCCACGCUGGUUGCAUGCUACCUCAUGAGUAAAUACAAGUGGAAUCCUGAGAAAGCAUUGGCACACAUUGUAGCAGCAAGGCCUCAUGUAUGGUUGGGGCCACAGCAACACCGGGCCUUGGCUACCUUCUAUGAGACCGUGGUACAGAGCUGACAGCCAUCCUCCAUCACUGCUCAGUGAUGGGAAGGCUGACACUCUCCUCCAUUACUCACAGUGUGGUCUUCAGGGCAAUCUUUUCUCACACCUCUCAGGGAUGGCCCUCAGUCAGGCUGUGAGUAUUAGGUGUGUCUGAAGCAAAGGAAAGGAGGUCAUGAGGCAUUCUGUGUUUUCAAACCAGCUCUCUUAAUUAAUCUUUUAGAAUCUUAGAUGGGUAUGUGUCAUGUUGCUGCUCAAUACAUUUAUUUAAUAUAGGAAUGGUGCUCCCUUCCCUCCCCCCCCCCUCUCUCUCUCUCUCUCUCUCUCUCUCUCUCUCUCUCUCUCUCUCUCUCUCUCUCUCUCUCUCUCUCUCUCUCUCUCUCUCUCUCUCUCUCUCUCUCUCUCUCUCUAUAUAUAUAUAUAUAUAUAUAUAUAUAUAUAUAUAUAUAGAGUGUGAAGUAUUAUCUAAAGACCUAUUGUUUACUCUAUUUUUAUAAUGAUAUUUCGUAUAGUAACCUUAACCAGAUAAAGAUGUUGACAUUUUGAUGUUUGUAAAGUUUAUUAGUUUUAAUUGAUUUUGCUAAAAGAUAAUCAGAAUUAUUUUAAUUUAUCAAUAAAAGUUAUCAAUUUAUUUCUUCUCUCAGUAGUGUAUGAAGUAGUAUGUAGCAGCUGUAAACUUUGCUGGAAACACCAAGUUUUGGCAAAGGAAGUUAGGUUAGUCAAGUUAGUCAAAGUCCUGAGUCACUAUUUAUAUUGAUGAUUACCUUACUUAUACAGUAUUUGUACUUAUGGGACCCACUGUGAAGGAAAGUAACCUCAUUGGAUCUCCCCUUACUCAGUGAUAGUGGCAUCUGUGGCAGCUUCCUGCAAUACAUGGGUCCGUUAAUCUUACAGAAAAUUAAUUUGUUAUAUGAACAAAGAUAUGUAAAAUAUGACUGAUAUUCAAAUAAUUUCUGCAUAUUUGUUUUUAGUAUACUAAUAACCAUUGCAGGCUCAUGGCAUUAUAAUGUUUUAAAGGGUGUGCUUGUUGUGUUACUUGAUGUGUUGCUUUAUGAUUCGCCGUGGUGCUGGACACUCCGUAGAUCUUGGUCAACAGCCUGUGAAGUGCGAGUGUUGAUUUGGACACGUACACUGUGACCUUGUGGCUUGUUAGGAUCAGAUAAGAUUUUGUGUGUAGCAUCAUCAGGAGAGGAAGAAUUGUUUAUGCCUAGGCUGUGUAACUUGCUGGGAAACUACUUUUGAUUUGUAGCGUUAUCAUUGGUAGUGGAGGAAGGGACGUUUCAUCGGUUUAUACCUGUGAUUUCCCUACUGAGUGAAGGAAUUAGGUACAUCCAUCUUGUGGAGGGAAGCAUCAAGUUUGUCAGAGGCAGGACACAGCCAGACAGUAGCUAACUCCCACAGAAAGGUUCUAGGGAAAGAAUACUAUUCUAUAACUCUUCUUUCAUCUCAUAUUGCUUUUAAUUUCAGUAGUAUUUUGUUAAUUAUCUGCAUUUCCUCCCUCCCCAUUCUCUUCCAUUCUUUUUCUUUAUUAAUAAUCAUGAUCUCUUACAUCACGUGGGACAGCUUUAGCAUUUUUCUGUUCCUGUUUCCAAUCUUGAGGUUUGUUGUUUGAUCAGUGUUACUGUGGGCUUGGGAAAUGGUAAUUUAGAAGACAGUUGCAAGUUUAAAAGAGUUUAUUUUAAUAUUUAGCAAGAAAAUCUGUAGUCUUCUAAUAAGCGCGGCGAGCGACAAGCUCUUCACUCUUCAAGCCACCGUAGACGAUGGUACUAUCAUAUUUAUACACGUGGGUAAUUUAUGUACAUGAAGGCAUUUCUUCAGGGUAGACAGUCAGUAGAUUUAAUAGUGGGGAGAGAAACAUUGGAACUUUGUUUUGUGUUGAACCGUUGAUGACCUUGACCCAACAGACCGUCUUGCUUUUGUUUCGCGUAACACUCAUUGCUUACUAGGCCUUCACUCGACACCACAACCGAGAGGAAGGUAAUAAAACAUUAUCUUAUGAGAAACAUUGAUAAAAAAGCAUACAAGUUUGGGUAUGGAGGUGAUAGAGCAAAAUGUCCCGAGGGUGAGAUGGGCGAGGGAGGCCAAGGGAGUGUUGUGGUGGGAGUGAGUGUGGUGGCGCCGCCUUGUUUUGAGUGUUGUGGCGCCGCUGUGGCUGGCCAGGCGGUGAGGACAUUGCAACACAGCGACCUGCCUAGCCAAGGUAAAGUGAGGCUUAUUCAUAGUAUUCGUUAAGGUGGUGUUGGUGCUGGUGGGGGUGGGCGUGGUGGUGAUGGUGGUGGUGGUGACGGAGUGGACACAUUGUUGGGGGUCUUGGGAAAGCUGCAGAAAAACUGCCUGUGGAAGCCCUGUGAAUGAGAGGGUUGGCCUGUGUCCUUGUGGUUUAAUGCUAUGAUGGGUGUCUUCUCCCUUGCCACCCACUGCCUCGUCAUCACGCCAGAAAAUAUUGGAAACCAAAAUAUAAUUUAGUGUUUGGCUCUUGACAUGUAGCACCAAGCUAUCACAGUGUCAGCGUAGCUCACGAGACCAAGGGAAAGUUAUAGUUGCUAUUAUUUCCAGCAUUUAAUAUCUCGUUGUUGUGUACAGUGUCUGCACACGUGUGGCAAGAGUGAAUUUAUUUUUUAAUGUAACCUAGUUAUAUUGACAUUCUGGUGUGUUGUUGUUUGUUAAGGUUUAGAGUGCCUCAUGGUGCGUGUACUGUACAUGCAGCCUGUUGUGGGACAUGAGUGGUGUUGAUCUUCAUACUUAGAGAUGGUCUACAAUUCCUUCUAUAAAUAAACACCUGUUGCAU